UGUCGGCACGCAGCUUCGCUUAAACUUACAUUGUUAUCCUAGUGUUCAGGACACAGCGUGUCCGACGGCGAGCGAGCGACAAGAACUUAUUCAACUUAUUCAGGACGUGACGUAGUUAACAUCCUGCACGGGUAUCCUGGUACACGGCAGUACCCCUCCGACGACUCAUUCCUGCUCCUAAAAAAAACUCCACACCCAGACGACCGCAGCCACAAGAACGCCCACCCCUCCACCAACAGAAGACACCAACAAUGAGGGCAGCAAGGAGCUCCCAAACGGGAACGGAGAGGGAGAGUGAGAGGUGCCUCAUCAUGGGAAUGGGCCUGAAUCUGAGGCAGGGACACAGGUGGCUUGUAUGGCUGCUGCUCCUGCUUUUGGCCAUUCCCCCGCAGAUGGUCGACGGCCGUUACCUGCCCACAAGGUCGCACGGCGAUGAUUUGGACAAGUUGCGUGAACUGAUGCUGCAGAUCUUGGAGUUGAGCAAUGAGGACCCACAGCAGCAGCAGCAGCAACAGCAGCAGCAGACGAUGCCCCAACAACACCCACUUUUGCGUCUGCACAAUGAGGCCAACAGCGGCAGCAGCAGCACGGCUGGUGGCAGCAGCAACGGCAACAAUCCACGCGUAUCCAACGGCAACUCGAAUGCCGCCUGGCUCCAAAAACUAAGCGCCAUGGGUGCCCUGGACGAGCUGGGCGGAGAUGCCCCCCGUAUGGGACCCAACUAUGGACGCUAUUAGAGGGGAACCUCAACAAGCACCUGACGACCUGACGACCACACGACACCACGACGACAAUGGAAUGGGUCAACAGGGGGGGGAAUGUGGGGGGAAAUGUUUUUGUGAAUGAAACAGUUUUUAAAUGGCAGAAGAAUGGCAGAAAGGGGAGUCCGUGGGGCAGAGCACACUGUACAUAGAAGUGGAUGACGGCAGAGCACAUCGUGUACAGAGAAGGAGAUGGGGCAGGGAAGUACUACAGAAGAGGGCAGAGCUUAAGAGGAAAUGGUCAAGGGAUUACAGACCCCAUGGCAACCCAAAAAAGGAAAUGUGUGAAAAUCUGUGAAAAUGCAUGAAAAUGGGCAACUAAAUGGAGUUAGGGAAACCCUUCAGGACCACUUGCUAAUACUUUCAAGUAUAUUUAAGCCCUUAUGAACCAUUUGAAUGGCUUUUGAGACAUUUUCAACCAUUUUAUGCUAGUUUGCACCUUUUUUAAGGACCAUUUUCCGGGUACUUUAAAUCUUUCUGAAGUAUUUUCACCAUUUUCAACCUUUUUCAAACGUUUUUCACAAUUCUAAAAAGCUUUGAGGAUCUGUGAAGUAUACUUUUAACAUUUAAACAUUCUGGAAAGUGAUUUAAAUAUUUUAUUUGCUUUGAUUUUAUUUCUGUUCCGUUUUGAAAUACUGUUUGAAGAAUUUUCCAUACUUAAGCUAUUUUUGAAUGGUUUGAAAACCACUUUUGACAAAUUGUUUAAGUAAAAGUAAUUUUGUUUUAGCAAUUUAUUUUCAUUUUUGAAAUUAGGUAUUUGAAAAAAUUCUAAACACUUAAAAAUCUACUUUUUUGUUUUUAACCCGCGUUUGUGGAUAGCAAAUGAAAGCAUUUUUAAUGCCAAAAAUGUUCUUUAAAAACCAAAACACUAUUUUGUUUCAGAUUAAACAUGACUUCAGAGUAUCCUUUUCCUUAAAGGUCCUAUUAGUUAUUAUUCUCUUUACAACUUUUGAAAAAAAGACCACUUGAAUGUUCUUCAGACAAUCCUUUCUCAAUGGCAGCAAAACAUUCAACUAUUCCCAUAGCACUGCUCUCUGAAAAACUUUGCCAUUCGAUUCCUAUUCGUUUACAACACCUUUUCCCCUCACCCACCCUCCCCAGAAACCCAAAAGGUACACCCCCCAAAACGAAUCAACACUCAAAGGUUUUUAAAUGCGAAAGGCAACAGCUGAUAAACACUGGUUUAAAACACAAAAACACACACGAAAAAACAAAAACAAAAAACGGAAAACAACAAAAAAAUGAAAGGACAAAUGCAGUUCCUAUGCUAGAACAAUAAUUUUAAACUUUUUUGGGUAAUCCCAAGGCGACAAAAAAUGUACCUAUGUACCUACCUACUAUAUAUAUAUGUAGAACAAUCCCUUAAUCCCUCACAACAAAUAAAUACGAGUAUUGUAUUCCCCAUUUAUGGUCUAGGUUAAGAGCGGAUUUUCAAGUUUGUUUUUUUCGCACACGCAGCCCCUAAAAAAGAGACAAAAAUUACUA